GUAUAUAUAAAUGAGUGUGGCCAACCAUUUGAAGCAAGUGCAGGGUAAGAAGUCUGCAUAGAAAAACUAGUAUCUGACCUCCAGUGAUACCAACUGCAACUAAAAAAUGGCAAAGUUUAUGAUUGCUCUGAUGGCAACUCUUGCUGUCUGUGCUGCAUAUCCAAACCCACUAACCAUCAAGAAUCCUAUCAAAAGUAUAAUAGAUGAUAAGAUAAAUGACCUCCUUCAGAUUAUUAACUCAGUAUCUAAUGACAUACCUGCUCCUUUCAAAAAUGCACCUGCACCCCCUGUUCCACAAAAAGAUGUGCCCAAACCUCCUGCUCCUUCAAAGAUACCUCCUACAGUGGCUGAUCCUCCUGCAGAUGCACCCAUAGAGGAUGAACCUCCUACUGUGGCUGAUCCUUCUGCAGAUGCACCCAUAGAGGAUGAAUCUCCUACUGUGGCUGAUCCUUCUGCAGAUGCACCCAUAGAGGAUGAACCUCCUACAGUGGCUGAUCCUCCUGCAGAUGCACCCAUAGAGGAUGAACCUCCUACAGUGGCUGAUCCUCCUGCAGAUGCACCCAUAGAGGAUGAACCUCCUACAGUGGCUGAUCCUCCUGCAGAUGCACCCAUAGAGGAUGAACCUCCUACAGUGGCUGAUCCUCCUGCAGAUGCACCCAUAGAGGAUGAAUCUCCUACUGUGGCUGAUCCUUCUGCAGAUGCACCCAUAGAGGAUGAAACUCCCUUAGUGCCUGAUUCUCCUGAAACCGCAUAAUAGAGUUGAAGCUUCAUAAAAAUUUGUAAAGAACUUUACACUUUAUGAUUAACGAAUCAGUCUAGUUACAGUAUCAACAAACAUCAAAUUAAACAAAAUGUUCUAUUACAGUCAAUAUAUCACUAGAUUCCACUACCUGUAGCAAUAAGCCAAAAUGUAACUAACUAACUAAAUAAAGAACGUUCCUCUCUA